CAUAUCCAUAGCCUGAUUGAUUCAUAAUGUGGCUGGACAGAAAUCAUUACACCACUUCACUAUUCUUCAACUGCCUAAUACUGCUGUGCCUAUGUUCCAGUAUCCAAGGUUUCUCCCUGUCUUCCUCUCCAUCAUCUGAGGAUGGUAUCAUAUCAGUCUGUCCUGCCACCACUGUCACCCUCACCUGUACUGCCACUGGAGUUGGAAGUUUGAUCUGGAGAGACCAGAAUGGGCAGAUUGAUUUAUUUGUAGCCAGUGAUCCAGAGUCCAUGGUGAUAGAAGAAGGUCCUUACACUCUGACUCUAGUCUCAGUAGACAAUGAUGAUGGCGAUUCUUUUGCUGACUUCACCUCUACACUGGAGGUAGCGGUGGAUGACGUUGCCAAUCGAACUAACAUCUCCUGUAUUGUAUUCAGGAAUCAGACACACCUGGUCAUCUAUAAAAUAAGAGCACCAUAUCCUCCACCUAAUGUGAUGGUGAAGACGGAGAAUUUCCAACCUGACAACUUCUUCAUCAUCAUCUCCUGGGAGUCAGGAGAAGAUGAAGUGGUUGAUGAGUACAGAACACUGACCAACACCACUACACAGUCCAUCACCACUACCAAUACAACUGUAGUUCUAGAGGGAGUGUACAACAUUCCUCUAGAAAUCAGAGUCACAGCCAUCAACUGUGCAGGCACUAGCGCAGAGGUCACCGAGGAAGUCUUUGUUGCUGGCUGUGGUCCUCCCAGUCAACCAGUGAAUGGUAGUGUUGGUGAGUUGACCAGUUCCAGAGUAGGAGCGCAGGUCACCUACUCCUGUGACACCCACCUGGUUCUGGUGGGAGAGACUGUGGCCACAUGCUCUCUCCCUUCUCUAACAUGGCUGCCUAGUAGUGAUGAUGUCAUCUGUGCACAACCACCAGUUGUAUCAAACAGCUCAAGUAUAGUGACCAACAAAACACCAGUGGUAACAGUUACACCGACCAAGCAACCAAUGAAUGGUGAUAAAAGAGGGAGUUCUCUAACUACAGCAGAAGCAGUGGUCACAACAGGAGUAGUGUGUGUAGUGUGUAGCUUCACUGCUGGACUGCUACUUGGUGUUCUACUGACUCAAUGUCGUGGUCACUGUCAUAGGAAGGGGAGGAGAGGCCGGACUGAGAUGCCUCCUGUUUAUGAGGACAUUCCCUUGGAGAAGACACCUCCCAUUGAACUCAACACCAAUGAAGCUUAUGGACAUAUUUCACACUAAAUGACCCUAUAACUAUUCACCAUCACUAUUAUUGUUUACAAAGAGCAAUUGGUUUAGAGUUUUUGCCAGAAAGCAUACCAAUCUUUUCCUAAGUAAACACCCAUCUACACCAUGUUGUGUAGAGUUCAAGAGGUCAGGCAAAUGCUGACUCUGCAUUUAGUGCUUCUGUUAGACUGUGUUACAAGUGCAGGAACUGAGGCCUUUUUGUCAGUUGUUAAUUUUAAUAAUUAACAAACUGGAAUGCUUGUCUUAAAACUGUAGUGUUUCUAGGUGUGUGUGACAUAAAAUUUCAGGAAGGUCUUAGUUUGUUCUCCUUGUAUAGCUACUUAACUCUGUCUGACAGCAGAGUAUAAUACUCCUCUACAAGUCUCAGUGGUGGCUGUGAACUGUGCAGGGGAAAGUGAGCCAAUGACUACCGACAUCACCAUACCUGGCUGUGGUCCUCCCAGUCCACCAGUGAAUGGGAGUGUUGGUGAGUGGACCAGUUCCAGAGUAGGAGCACAGGUCACCUACUCCUGUGACACCCACCUGGUUCUGGUGGGAGAGACUGUGGCCACAUGCUCUCUCCCUUCUCUAACAUGGCUGCCUAGUAGUGAUGAUGUCAUGUGUUUACUGCCAUCAACUCCCUCAGUAUCAGUGACACUACCAACUAUGAAUGAAGAUGGCAAAAAGAGUUCUAGUGCAGAUCUGAGUACAGCAGAAGCAGUGGCCACAACAGGAGUAGUGUGUGUAGUGUGUAGCUUCACUGCUGGACUGCUACUUGGUGUUCUACUGACUCAAUGUCAUGGUCACUGUCAUAGGAAGGGGAAGAGAGGCCAGACUGAGAUACCUCCUGUUUAUGAGGACAUUCCCUUGGAGAAGACACCUCCCAUUGAACUCAACACCAAUGAAGCUUAUGGACAUAUUUCACAUUAAAUGAACCUUGAACUAUUCAUCAGCACUAUUAUCGUUUACAAAGAACAGAAUUGGUUUUGAGUUAUUGGGAAAGCAUACCAAUCUUUUCCUAAGUAAACACCCAUCUACACCAUGUUGUGUAGAG